GGUGGGGUGGGGACCACGUCAGAAAUGCCAACCUGGUCCGACUUCCUGCCGGGAGGCCCGGCGGCCUCGGCUCUGGACGCGGGCCAGGGAGGCCUCGCUGGCGCGGAGCCGGAGGCGCUUCCUGGGCGCAGCGGGCGCGGAGGAGCUCGCGGAGAAGCGGGCGCAGGAACGGCGCACUUGGAGGGCCGCGCGGGCGGGGACAUGGAGGACGGCGUGCUCAAGGAGGGCUUCCUCGUCAAGAGGGGUCACAUUGUCCACAACUGGAAGGUGCGAUGGUUUAUCCUUCAGCAGAAUACGCUGCUGUACUACAAGCUCGAGGGGGGUCGGAAGGUGACCCCUCCCAAGGGCCAGAUCCUUCUGGAUGGCUGCACCAUCACCUGCCCCUGCUUGGAGUAUGAAAACCGACCUUUCCUGAUUAAGCUGAAGACGCGAACAGCCACAGAAUAUUUCCUGGAAGCCUGUUCUCGAGAGGAGAGGGACGCCUGGGCCUUUGAGAUAACGGGGGCUAUUCACGCUGGGCAGCCAGGGAAAGUCCAACAACUCCAUUUAUUAAAGAAUUCCUUCAAGCUGCCCCCUCACCUCAGCCUGCAUCGCAUCGUGGACAAGAUGCACGACAGCGGCAGUGGAAUCCGGCCAUGCCUCAAUAUGGAGCAGGGAAGCACCUACAAAAAGACCUUCAUAGGCUCCUCCCUGGUGGACUGGCUCAUCUCUAACAGCUUUGCAGCCAACCGUCUGGAGGCUGUGACCCUGGCCUCUGUACUGAUGGAGGAGAACUUCCUCAGGCCUGUCGGCGCCCGGAGCACGGGAGCCAUUCGCUCUGGGGAUCUGGCCGAGCAGUUCCUGGAUGACUCCACGGCCCUGUACACUUUUGCUGAGAGCUACAAGAAGAAGACAAGUCCCAAGGAAGAAAUAAGUCUCAGCACCAUGGAGUUAAGUGGCACGGUGGUGAAACAAGGCUAUCUGGCCAAGCAGGGCCACAAGAGGAAAAACUGGAAGGUGCGGCGCUUUGUUCUGAGGAAGGACCCGGCUUUCCUGCAUUACUACGACCCUUCCAAAGAUGAGAACCGGCCAGUGGGUGGGUUUUCUCUUCGUGGUUCACUUGUGUCUGCUUUGGAGGAUAAUGGUGUUCCCACUGGGGUGAAAGGGAAUGUCCAGGGAAAUCUCUUCAAAGUGAUUACCAAGGAUGACACACACUAUUAUAUCCAGGCCAGCACCAAGGCUGAGCGAGCAGAGUGGAUUGAAGCUAUCAAAAAGGUAACAUGACAAGGACCACAGACAGAACAGGACCAGGAUUCCUCUCUCCUACCAGGUGAUACAGACAGGAUUUCCUGGAAAAUGGGAGUUUGUGAAGACUUGACUUCUUCGCAUAUUUUGUACUGCUUUGGAGACUGGUGGAGUUCCUCAGAUUACAUCAGCAGUGGUGGGAUUUCCUUCCCCACCUUCAUGUUAACAACCUGGAAAUGCUAGAACAGCCAUUAGGCAUCAGCAUCUUGACUUUCACUCAUUAUGCAGCCAGCCAUCCCUCAGGCACCUACUUGGUUCCCCUUGUAACACUAACUGGCGACUCUUGGCAGCUCUCUCCGAAAUGCUGUCAACAACUUUUAACUCUUCUUUGGAAUAAAAAAUUAUAUUUGUUUCUGGCUAAUAGAAUUCCUGUACAAAGUUUU